UGUCCGACAAACGACGGCAGGAAAUCGAAGCCAAGAGGGAGAAGCUUGCCCAACUACGGAAAGCGAGAGCGGAUCGGCAACGUGCAGAUGCAGAGAGGACACCAGACGUUACCGCCUCAUCGUCUGCGGCGCGGAGAGAUGUAGAUGAACUCGUAAACGCGCUAGUUGGCAGCCGAAUUGGCCUGGACAGUGGAGACCUUACGCCAUCUUCUUCAAUACCUGGGACACCCUCCAUGAACCAGACUUCAAGUCUGCCGGUGCACACUGGACUCUCACAAUCUACAUCGGGAAGAGCAAGUCGGCAAAGUGACGUCCAGGAUCGAGCUAGCGUGGUCAGCGUUACUCAAGUUGGCUCAAGCAAUUCUGCCACAGAUCAUGUCAUGGAGCGGACCAUGGUACCAAGAACAUUCCCUGAUCUUAUCGACAUCGAGCAAGAAUUAUUUGAGCUUCCGCACAAGGAAAAAGUCAUCUACAACAAGGAAGUCCAAACAACUUUCGUCGAGACAGAACCAUCCCCAGAUUACGAAUACGAAGUGAGGCAACGCCUGUUGCGUGAGCGAGAGGCAGAAGCAGAAAGGAUUGCUCGAGAGAAGGAACUGGAGGAGGAGAGUGUCAAACUUGAUCAAGAAAUAGAACAGGAGAUUAGAGGGUUGUCGGAAGAAGAACGCGCAAGCAUCCUCGCUGCUCCUGAGUUCCUUGACUUCGUAGAACAGUCGUCGAAGAUUGUUCAGAGAGCACUGAACGACGGUUAUGAUUAUAUCCGGGAUUAUACAAUCAACGCAGAAUCCGGAGGGGAUGAUUCCGAAGGAAAGCGGGUCAAACGGGUAUGCGAAUUCUGGGACGAACGAUAUGGGAAAUAUCGGUCAAUAACAGACAUUGACUGGUCGCCGAAAGAUCCAGAACUCAGCGUCGCAUCCUAUAAUAAAAACCCAGCAGCACUGAACGAACCUGACGGUAUAGUCGCCGUAUGGAAUCUGCAUCUACUUGAACGGCCGGAAUUCGUCUUCCACUCACAAGCUGACGUCUUGUCUGUGACAUUCUCUCCCUUUCAUUCAAAUCUCAUUUUCGGCGGAACGUAUUCCGGUCAAAUCCUGCUAUGGGAUACUCGCUCGAAACACUUACCCGUUCUGAAAACUCCCCUUUCAGCCGCUGGACAUACACAUCCGGUCUAUGCUAUGCAGAUGGUUGGGACUCAAAACGCGCACAAUUUGAUCACAAGCAGUACCGAUGGUACCGUCUGCAGUUGGCUGGUUGAUAUGCUGGCUCAGCCUCAAGAAACCCUCGAACUUAUUCAUGCCGGCCACAACAAGACUGGAGAGGUUGCCAUCACGACAUUGGAUUUCCCCGAUAAUGAAACGACGGCUUUCUGGGUCGGUACGGAGGAGGGCAACGUAUACCAAGCGAAUCGGUACGACAGGGCUGGAGCCAAAGCCGGGCUCAACCAGUACGACGUCUACAAAGGGCACUCCGGACCCGUCAUGGGCCUACAUUUCCAUCCUCUCAUUGGCCCCGUCGACUUCUCCGACCUAUUCCUCACCUGUUCGGUCGACUGGACGGUGAAACUCUGGCGCGCGAAGAGCCUCGCAAAGCCUUCUACGACGCCACACAACGUCGCGCCGCUGUAUUCAUUCGACGAGGCAGACGAUUAUGUGUACGAUGUCAAGUGGCAUCCUGCACAUCCUGCGGUGUUUGGGAUGGUUGAUGGGUCAGGGAAGUUUGACCUGUGGAAUUUGAAUACAGACACCGAGGUACCGGUUGUGUCCACCACCGUCGGUACAGGACGUGCGAUCAACAAGCUCCAGUGGGACAAGAAGGAUGGCCGGAGAGCUGCCCUAGGUGGAAGUGACGGACGACUGUAUAUCUACGACAUUGGCGACAUGGCUUUACCACGCGAGUCGGAAUGGACGGACAUGCAGAAGACCGUCGCCUCGAUCGUCGGAGGCGGGCUGGCGAAUGGUGUUGUUGAAGCCGAUCCCAGGGUUGUCGCUGGCCGAUAGU